AUGCCGUCGGAAAGUACACUUUUGCAAACGCCAACAGAAAAGCCUCAUCAUUACACGUAUUUGAAGGAGUUUAGAACGCAACAAUGUCCUCUUUUCUUGCAACACAAGUGCACACAACAUCGACCUUUCACAUGUUUUCAUUGGCAUUUUAUGAACCAGAGACGCAGAAGACCAAUUAGGAAGAGAGAUGGAACGUUUAAUUACAACCCUGAUGUCUAUUGCACCAAGUAUGACGAGACGUCAGGCAUGUGCCCCGAAGGUGACGAUUGUCCAUUCUUACACAGAACAGCUGGGGACACAGAGCGGCGGUAUCACCUCCGAUACUACAAGACCGGAACCUGCGUUCAUGAAACGGAUGCCAAAGGAAACUGUGUGAAAAAUGGACCCCAUUGUGCUUUUGCUCACGGUGCCCAUGAUCUGCGGCCACCUGUCUACGAUGUAAGGGAAUUACAAGCAAUGGACGUGAAUGAUCCAAACUUGGUGAAAGUGUUGGCCCCUGACCCAACCACACCUGUAGGAACUCCCAGUAGUAUAGAGAAGGACAGAAUAUUAAAUGAAGACCCAAAGUGGAAUGAUACGAAUUACGUGUUAGCCUACUACAAGACGGAACAAUGUAAGCGGCCACCUAGGUUAUGUAGACAAGGUUAUGCAUGUCCGUCUUAUCAUAACUCGAGAGAUAGAAGAAGAAGUCCCAAGAAAUUCAAAUACAGGUCGACACCUUGUCCUAAUGUGAAACAUGGCGACGACUGGGGGGAUCCAGGCCAGUGUGAGAGUGGUGACAACUGUUCCUAUUGCCAUACAAGAACUGAACAGCAGUUUCAUCCAGAGAUCUACAAGUCAACAAAGUGUAAUGAUAUGGUACAGACUGCAUAUUGCCCAAGAGGACCUUUUUGUGCUUUUGCUCAUGUGGAACAGGAAAUGACUACGCAACGGGAGUUGCCGUCAAGUUGUGAUAAUAGUUUAGCAGCCUUUCUAACGAAUGCUUUGCCAGAGGCAGAGCUGGGGACGGAUAAUACACUAGAUGGCUCAAAUCACAAGGAAUGCGAGAAUAGCAAUAACCAACAUCAGGAUUACUCAAAUAAUGAUCACCCCUUUUUAAUACCAGGACAAUUGAAAACUAGUUUGGAAAAUUUUUCAUCGAAUCAUACAAUACAGCAGAAUAACCAAUGGCAAGGUCAAAUUAUGGCAUCGUCACCAAGUUACAGCAAUCACCAGCCAAUAUUGUUACCUGAACCAAUAGGAAAGGGGCGAUCAAAUAGCACAUCUAGUUCUUCUGAUUUAGGAAUAGGCCAGUAUCCCAAGGCGCCUGGUUCAGAACGAGAGGACACGCAGGCCAAACUUAGACAACAAAUACUAGCGAUAGAUAACGACCCGUUGUUAGACCCAACAGAUAAAGCGAAAAGAAAACAGAAGCUGUUGAUAUACCACAACUUGAAUUCUUCCAGUCCUUUGCCGUCUAGUAUAAGUACCACCCCUCCAACACCAUCAUCAACUAUGUCUCCACACGCUCCAUCGUUUUAUCCUGCUGGUGAUACCGUUGAAUCAGUCAUAGGUAACGCAUUAGAUGAUCUGAAAUUAGACGACUUUGACUUAUCCUCUAUAGACAAGGAAUUAGAACGAGAUAAUGACUCUGUGUGUAGUUCUUAUAGUGCUGGACUCUCUGCUUCUGGUUAUUUAGGUGCGACAUCAGUUCCAGUGAAUAUUCCUAGUAAUAUGAACCAUGUUCACCACACUGGGGGAAGUGUCAGCAGCCUGUCUCAGUCGCCGCCCUCUCCGUUCGGAAGUUUACCACCUGCGUUUGUGCCACAGCACAUACAACAGCAACAGAGGCAGGAGCAACAACUAGAACUGGCUGCUGCUGCAUUUCUAAGUAAACCAAAUCCUGGGAAAUAUGCUGUGCCAAGUUAUUCAGAUAUGAACUCGACGUCAAGCUCGAUGUCACCUCGGACAAGUUUGGCCCAGUCACCACUGAUCAUGAGUGGCCCAUUCUCAUCAGCUGCUGCAUCGAAUGAAGUACAGAGAUUACGGGAGGAAUUGUCGUCAAAUAAGGCCAAGUUGGCGUCUUGGGAAGAAGGAAUUGCUCAGGCAAGGAGUGCCUGCGAUGCGUGGAAAAAAGAAGCAGAGGAAUCAAUACGAAAGGCAAAAGCAGUGGAAGAGGAGAAAUCCAUGAUAGCUAAACAAAGAGAUGAGGCUUUAAAAGAAAUUAGUACGUUAAAACAAGAUGUGGAACUAGUGUCCGGUAGUCCUUUCUUACGGUGUUUGCAAAGAACCAAUGAUAUUGACAAGUUAACGCUCGGACAGUUGAAACAAAUACAGUUACAAUUGAAACUGGAUGGGGAACGAAUAGAUAAGUUGGUGUAUGAACUUUCGACUAUGAAAUGUGUCUCGUGUCAGGAGCACAAUCGAAGUGUAGCUAUACUACCAUGUAAUCACUACGUGUUAUGUGAAAGCUGCGCGUCUAAACGAACUGAAUGCCCAUACUGUCAUGUGCAGAUACAGCAGAGGAAUAUGAUGCUGCAGCCAAUGUAACACAGGAUAGUGAUUAGCUCUAUAUAUAAUUAUAUAAUUAGACCUUUUGUUUUGAUGUUGUUCAUCAUUUUAAAUCCAUUCGGUGAAUUGACUAAAUAUCACUUGUGUGUCAAUACUGUCAGACAUUUUACUACAUGUAUUUUAUGGUUGAAAGUGCGUGACUUUGCAGCAUUAGUUUACUGCAUGUUGCUAUAGUACAUGUAUACAGCGUAUGUACAUUUACAUCUAUAGUGGUGUUAGUCUCCUUAUCCAGAACAAUUAUGUCUCCUGUCCAAAUUGCUCUCAGUUAAGGUUUUGGGAUUUAUCCAAGUGGAGUUUGUGGAAAAUGCCUUUCCAUUCUUCUUACUGCUAAUUAGAUUAUGCUGCUUGGUAAAAUAAAACAAAAAACAAAGUAUUUCCAAAAAACUAAACGCUUAAUGAUUGCGCUGGGAAAGUGCCUCGCAUGACAGGGCAUUUAGACACCACUGUUUGAAUAUAUUUUGUCUUAUUUAGACAAUAUGACUUCAUUCUGGAUAGAGAGAUCAUCAGUAUCAUUGUCAUGUAUAUCUUCUUUUGUCCUUAGCACAAAAAAUGUCAUGAUUAACACCUUGUUGGCUGUUUGGUGAUUAACAUGCAAAUUAGACGCAGUUGUAGGUUAUACUAUACCAUUGUAUCAUACCAAGGUUUAUUUAAUUUAGUGGAAAAGUGGCAUCUUGUAGCAGGGAGAGUUUCACUUGGUACACUUUGGGUUUGUACAUGUAUGAAGAAUUGUGGAGAAACAAGUGGAAAUGUUCAAUUCAUGGAGAGCUUUAUAGUUGCAGAAUGACUUGGCGAUAAUAUUCAAUAUGUUCUGUAAGGCCAAAGAAAUCAAGAUGGAUUGAGCAGUUUUCUUUUGAUGACUCACUCAGUUCCAUGAUCACCAAAAAGGAAUCGGUAUCAAUCGAGAGGUUUUAGAAUUUGAAACUGAACCUUUAAGUAGUUUAUCCAAGAAGAAAUGUUUUGUAGGUCCCCUGAUGAGGACACUUUUUAGCUGCUGCAUCAUCAGCAUUCAUUGCUUCCACAACCAGACCCUUUUGGAAUAUUUUAUGAUGAAUAUUAUAAUGAGGCCAUAAUGAAUAUUAUAAUGAGGUUAAGCAGCAAACUCAAGAGGCACCAUCUAUAAACUGACAACUGCAGUACAGAUUGUAUUGAAAAGGAACGCAGACAGGGGCUAACAAAUAAUAAGUUGUUAACUGAAUACUUUAUCAAUGAUGAUAUUUCCUAUACUAUAAAGACCUCCAAUGAAGAGUUUAAGAUGUGUUAACACUUGUGAUUGAAGCUUAUCUUGAAACUCUCCUUGUUGAUUUAAGAUUAGAUGUGUCCGUUGAUUUACUGAACACUGUCACUGAAGUGAAAGUAGGGACAGAAUUAUCAUACAUGUUUUCUUCUCAGUCAUAAAUUUCAAUUAGUAAAAAAUGCAUGGGAAGAAGCAACUCUUGUACGGAAGUUGCUCCGAAAUAUUAGCUGAUGAGUUUUUAGAUGCUAAAGCAUUGUAAGGAAACCAAAUAACUGAAGUUGUGUCAUUUUGUCAUUGCGUACAUUAUGUAAUUUAGUGUUAAAUUCUUUAAUACUUGAUAGAAAUAAUAAUGUGGUUAUAUUCUGCUAACGAAAGUAAUGCUUCCAUUUAAUUCAUUUCAAAUUGUAUCCAAAACCACACAAAUUGUUUUGAGGCUGCAGCUCAUUUCCUUCAUUCGAGUUUCCUUCCCUGAUACCUGAUCAAAGUUUAAUAUUUUAGGCCCUAAGAAGGUUUCUAUGUGAUUUUGCCUGUGUUCUGCGAAUGUCCACCUUUUUCUGAUGACUGUGACACAUGUAUGUGUAGCCUCGUCCUAAAAGGUGAAAGAAAUUGUUUCAAUGCAUGUUUUUGAUACAAAUAGCAUGAAGUUUGGGCCGUGAACAUUCUUAGAAUCUUUUUGUUUUCGGAAUAUGGUUCCGAUCUGAUUAUUGUUCGGGUGAAUAUAUAUAAGACCCCUAAAACUGUGUAAGUUAGCUUGAGUGUACCUUUCAAACCCUGCUGAACUGCUCCCUUCGGUUUCUAAACUGACUAAAAUCCAUGCUGAUGUUCUACAAUUUGAUGCCCUUGUAUAACUUGAAAGGGCCCAAAUAGUUCUUUUCUCUAGAAAAAAACAGAGCGCUUUCACCUUCCAACCCAUCUCAAAACCUGGGUGUGGGUAACAGUCACCCAACAUAUUAUUAAGUGUGGCCUUGACUAUGAUGUGCAAUGAUGGGAGAUAGCUUAAUGUCGUAGGACUAUGCAUUGAUGAAAGAUUUUGGAUUUUGGAGAGAAAAUGGGAUGGUGCUAAUGUGAAUCUUUUGAGAGCACGUCAAGAAUUCAUGCCAUUUUAAUAUUUCUUAAGAUACAUGUAGGUUAAAGUUAACCCUUUAGGAUCCUUUAAGGUAAUAAAAGGUACUAAUGUAUGUUUUUAGACCCUGCAAGAGUUCAUGAAAUCUCAGAGAAAUUACAUAAGUUUUCUGAUCUUACAAUAUAAGUGAUGGAGUCUGAGUGGGUAUCUAGGAUAUGGGCAUUACGCAAUAAACAAUAUUUUUUCUAAUGAAAAGAAGACUGAUUUACUCGUAUUGGGAAAGCCUUGCAUUGUAUUUGGAGAGAAAAUUAAGAGUUUCAAUUGUGUAGAAAUCCAGUUUUGAUAAAACCCUGUUUUGUAUUAAAUCCCGAAAAUAAGGCAAGUUGAACAAAUUUUAUUUUUCUAAAUAUUUACACAAAAUUGUUGUGAUUGGAAAAAUUUGCUUUCAGUUACAUGUAUCUUAAUCUUUUUCCCAAAAAGAUUAUAAAUUUUCUUUUGAGCACUGUUUUCAAUCAUUACUUAUGGGUGCGUGCUCGAUUUUUUAGUUCUGGACAAUGUUCCAUUUGAAUAUCUCAGUUUUUGGCUGAAGUUGUAAGAAAUUGCAGCCGCUAGAAACCCAAGAGGGUCUGUAAAGUCGACACAAUGAUGAUGAUGAUUAGUCAGAGGAUGCAAAAAUCCCCCCCCCCAGAAAGAAACAGAAAUCAAAAAUUGGGCUAGAAGUGCUUCUCUCACACAUCCACAGCUGUCACACUCCCACAACAAGUAAUCAUCUGGCACAAAUCCCACAAUAUCCUGAAUCAAAUUAGACACACCGUUGCCUGCUUCUAGAAAUAACACCUUUUAAAGCUGUACGCCUCUAGUCUUGAUGUGUUUAAAUGUACUACAUACUGUAGUAGGGAACCGUAUGUAUUUACUGUGCAGUGACGUUCUGUUGUAAAGUUUCUGUAGGAAAAAAGACAAUGGUGCUAAAAAAAUGUUGUAAUGAUCUGUGCCUCUUCUUAUUCACUCUCUAUUUUGAAAAGACGUGAAAAUGAAGAAGAUAAAACAAAACUUUGUGCGAAAAAUUCGGCUUUUUGUGUGGUCAUCAUUAUUAAACAGCAAGCCCAUUCAGAAGUGAAGAUAAGCAUUUGGAAAAUUAUCAUUAUUGAGUUGUUGAACCAACCCUUAUUCGGACUUGGUUGCAUCUAAAUAUUGGACCAUGGGCGGUCAAUUUGUCUUAAAUACCGUUAUCACAAAAACUUUAAAAGACGCUUCCUAUCUUUUGAAUAGAUGAAUGGACCAACCUUUGGAUAUGAUCCAUGUGCAUCAUUAUAGUCAUAGUCAACCGGUUUCCUUUUAUCGUGUAGUACUUGUACUUUUUCGUUUUAAAGGUAAAAACGGUGCUACAUAGAUGUUGUUUCAAAUAAUACAGAAAACAAAUUGCUUGAAGUUAUUUCAAGUGUUAAUAAAGGUUAACUUGGCAGCAAAAUGAUACACUUUUGAAUUUCCUCGAUUUGAGGAAAGAGAAGAACAGACCUAGGAACCCUUGAGAAAUGAGUAUGAGUUAACUGGCAAAAGAUGGCAUUGUUUCACUGAAUCCCUGAUUCAGGGCCAUUGUGUAAAAUAUAUUGUGCUAAAAUGCAUGAAUGAUCUUGGACUAAUAAACUAAAUGGAAUUUGACCAACACCAGAACUUAUUUAAAAUGAAUUUGACCACAGGCUGCAGUUUUUCUAGGUCUGAUCCAGUUUUGAGAUAGCUUGCUGCUAGGACCAUAUAAUAUCGUCAUUUUCAAUCGUAAUACUUUCAUCUUGUCAUGUUCAUUAAAGAAUGUGAUGUUAAUGUGCCAACUUUCUUACAUAUCAACUAGGAGUGCAGUUAAAGUUUUAGGGUAACAAUAAUAUUAUUAUCUACAAUGUAUUCUGUAUUUGAGGAUCAGUGAGAUGCGUGUUGCAGUAAAAUUACUGUGAAAUCACUUCAUUCAUAAAUUUUACCCAGUAUAAGUACUUAAUGUAUACUUGAUGUUGACUUAAACCCAUAUUGGUAUUGGCAGUUUGAUUGGAAAAACCUCUCUCUUGUUAUUGGCAUGAUGAAAGUUGCUUAAAGUCACCCCAUUCUGGUGAACCUGCUUAUAUUGAUUAAAGUAACCUAAUAAAAUUUGACUGAGUAAAGUACUGGCAAGUGAGUAUAAAUUCAAAGCAUAUUUUAAGUUAGGGGGGUACUUGAAAGAAGUGAUUUUACAGUACAUGUAUGUUUUACGUAACUCUCAACACAGGUUGCUAUAGGUGUGGUUUGUUAUAAUUCAUAUAUCGCUGUUAAGGUCCAUCUGUCAAAGUCUCCUUUCUUAAUUGAACAUUGGUGUUUGAACCGUGAUGGAUAUGUAAUGAGUGACUUGAGAAUUUCAGAGUUAAUUUGAUGCUGAAUUCUCAUUAACAAAGUGAUAAAGCACCUUGGGUUUUACUGCAAAGUGUUGAAAUUGCCUGGUAGUUUACUGCAAGUGUUAAAAUUGCAAAGUUCUUUGUCAUACUUUCGUGAUGGAGACAGGAUUUUAGGCAAUUUCCUACAAGGAACUGAAUGAAGGUGGGUGAGUUUAUAUCAUGAAUGGUGUGAACAGAGGCCAAGCUGUGACGUCAUUUUGACAUCUUUUUUAGAUGUGAAUCUGUGUCCUCGGCCCUGCUGAUGUUACAUACAAAGUGUGCCACAUUUGGAUGAUGCCUCAGAUGACAUCACCACAAUUCACUCCUGCCACUCCUGUGCUGAAGACAAGUGUGCCACGUGGAUCAGUCACAUCAGUGACUUCCAAAAUGGUGUCUUUUUGUGAUGACAUCAUUGCAGGACCUCUGUACACUGUAUCUGAUGCGAGCUGGAGCAUUCUUUUCCAUAUUUUUUCCAUGUUUUCCAAUGUAAAAGAAGAAGGAGUCAUUUGCGACAAUAAGUCCUGGGUGGUAAAACUGUUGUUGACUAGGAAUUACUUCAUUGUUAAAAUAUAUCAUUUUUAUGGUUUGGGAUUUCAAAAAUAUACUCUCUAAUAGUGCAGCUCUGAGUAAUUAAUAAUGUAGUUUGUCAACUACAUCUUUUUUGAGACAUUUUGGGGUAAACCUAUUUUAACAGGACUUGUCCCUGUUUUGUUCGACACAAUGUGUGAAGUGAAUGGGAUGGCUUAAUUGCUUGCAUCAGUGUGGUUGACAUUGCUUGGAAUCAAAGUAUGGAAAGAUUUUCGAAAGACUUGUUGGGGAAUGCUCAUGUUAAGAAUUAGGAACUUCCUAAUACAUGUAUAACUAAAACGUGUUCUUGAAAUUAUGAUCUGUAAAUUGUAAAUAAGACAAGUAUUAUAUUGUAGUGUAGGAUUUUAUAUGGCACUCCUGCGUUGUUUUUUCACUCGUGGGAAUAUCUCAUUCUUGUAUGAGCUAACAACUAAAAAUACAAGUGAAAAAUGUCUAGCUUUUAGAA